UCACUUUUAUUUUACGUUUUAUGAUGCAUACUAUGACCCAUGUUCAAACAAUAAUUUAUGAAAAGAAAAAGCAAAUUUUUGAAAAGAAAAAAUCAAGUGCUGUUCAUGAUGUAACGUGUUUUGAUUGCGGUAAAGGGGAUCAUUACACCCAACAAUACUUUAAAUGUGAAUUGUAUAAGACAAAAACUGCAGAUCAAGAAAAGAAAAAAGCAAGGAAAGAGAAGAAUGAAGGCCCAGAUAAAGACAAUGUCUGUUGUACCAAAUGCAAGCAACCAGGACAUAAAUCGGUGCGUUCUCCUCUGUGUCCUCAACAUGUAUUAUCAAAGGCAGAGGUUUUUCAACAUCAUUUGGGGAGUAAUUAUAAGGCGUUUUCAAGAAGGUUGCCUCUUGAUAACUGUGUUUUUGGUGACUAUCGCAACACAUUCAAGUCAAAAGUUGUUGAAGCUUGUUCUGUUAUCCGAAACUUGGUUCUUUAAAACCAAACUCUUCGUGAAUUAUUACGUCUUGGAAAAUGCCACUCUUGCUGAGCCAAAGUGUAUAAAAUGUAUCUUUACACAAAAUUUCUGGUACUCUAUGAUACAGCUGGUGAAUGGACAAAGACCAACAAAUAGUAGGCUGAUAUCAGAACAAUUACUGAGCUCGUUUGAUUCUUUCAAAACGAGUUACCCUAGCGCUGUCAAGCUCUUUCCUGGACUUAGUCAAGCCAUUACAGAAGCGUGUACCGAAAUUGCUACUUCCUAUACGAGCAGUAUAGUGGAAAAUUUCGAGGAGAAACUUCUCUAUUUUUUUAUAUAUAAAAAACGAACAGCAUUUGUG